GAGCGCCUGCGCGGCGGGGUUCUCGGUCGCCAGCCAUUCCUGUGGAGGACUGCGGGUCGUUCGGACGUUUUGCCUGUCGCUGUAGGAGAGGUCCUGUCUCUCCGAGAAGGCGGUUGCGGCGGCAAAAUGAAGAUUUUUGUGGGCAAUGUCGAUGGGGCGGAUACGACACCGGAGGAGUUGGCAGCUCUCUUCGCGCCCUAUGGCACGGUCAUGAGCUGCGCCGUCAUGAAACAGUUUGCCUUCGUGCACAUGCGCGAGAACGCUGGCGCGGUGCGCGCCAUCGAGGCCCUGCAUGGCCACGAGCUGCGUCCAGGUCGCGCGCUCGUGGUGGAGAUGUCGCGCCCGAGGCCCCUGAACACUUGGAAGAUUUUCGUGGGCAAUGUAUCGGCUGCAUGUACAAGUCAGGAAUUGCGCAGCCUCUUCGAGCGCCGUGGACGCGUCAUCGAGUGUGACGUGGUAAAAGGCUGUGUGGAGAUGGUGAAGCUGUUCAUUGGAAAUCUGCCCCGGGAGGCCACAGAGCAGGAGAUCCGCUCACUCUUCGAGCAGUACGGGAAGGUGCUGGAAUGUGACAUCAUUAAGAAUUAUGGCUUUGUGCACAUAGAGGACAAGACGGCCGCUGAGGAUGCCAUACGCAACCUGCACCACUACAAGCUGCACGGAGUGAACAUCAAUGUGGAAGCCAGCAAGAAUAAGAGCAAAGCUUCAACCAAGUUACACGUGGGCAACAUCAGCCCCACUUGUACCAACCAAGAGCUUCGGGCCAAGUUUGAGGAGUACGGCCCAGUCAUCGAAUGUGACAUCGUGAAAGAUUAUGCCUUUGUACACAUGGAGCGGGCAGAGGAUGCGGUGGAGGCCAUCAGGGGCCUCGACAACACAGAGUUUCAAGGCAAACGAAUGCACGUGCAGUUGUCCACCAGCCGGCUUAGGACCGCGCCCGGGAUGGGAGACCAGAGCGGCUGCUAUCGGUGCGGGAAAGAGGGGCACUGGUCCAAAGAGUGUCCAAUAGAUCGUUCGGGCCGCGUGGCAGACUUGACCGAGCAAUAUAAUGAGCAAUAUGGAGCAGUGCGUACGCCUUACACCAUGAGUUAUGGGGAUUCAUUGUAUUACAACAACACGUACGGAGCGCUCGAUGCCUACUACAAGCGCUGCCGUGCUGCCCGGUCCUAUGAGGCAGUGGCAGCUGCAGCUGCCUCUGCGUAUAGUAACUAUGCAGAGCAGACUUUGUCUCAGCUGCCACAAGUCCAGAACACAGCCAUGGCCAGUCACCUCACCUCCACCUCUCUCGAUCCCUACAAUAGACAUCUGUUGCCGCCUUCAGGAGCUGCAGCAGCAGCAGCAGCUGCUGCUGCUUGUACUGCAGCUUCUACUUCAUAUUACGGGCGGGAUCGGAGCCCCCUGCGUCGCGCUACAGGCCCAGUCCUCACUGUUGGAGAGGGCUACGGUUACGGGCAUGACAGUGAGUUGUCCCAAGCUUCAGCAGCUGCUCGGAAUUCCCUGUACGACAUGGCCCGGUAUGAGCGGGAGCAGUAUGCGGAUCGGGCGCGGUACUCAGCCUUUUAAAGUUUGAGGUGGGAUGUGUGUGGGCUGAAAUCCCAAGCUGCGGUUGUGCAUGAGAAUACACCCUUCGUGGUGCCCCAUCUCCGGGACGUUCUCGGCUCUGUGCAUUCAGUCCCCAGGAACCGUGGACCUUAAUUUACCUUGUUAAGUUCUUUCUCUUUCCUAUUCUCUCUCCUGCUCAAUUUCCUGUUCUCCUGUUUGCUCUUCUGUAGCUUCCCCUUUGAGUUCUGCUCUCCCAGCAUGCCUCCUAUGCAGAAACCGGUGGGGCUGUGCUGUCUCCUCCCUUCCUCCUGACUGCAGUCAGUGGGUAUUGGAUUUGGGAGUGACCUUGUUGAGAAUCACUGCUCCUAGUUUUCUAUUUUGGCCCAAAGACUAGACUUAGAAAUUUGGAGCACCUUCCAGUGAAAUAAAUGGUUUUUCAAAUUAGGGUAUGUGUGCUUUGAGAAAGUUCUUGUUUGGGCUUGUUUCUGGGUUCUUUAUUUAUUUGUACCCUGAACAGAAGAUGGGGGAGUGUUUAAAGUUUAAGCUACUUAGCUUUUGGCUAACACUGAGGUUUUUAAAUUUUGCUUUUUAAAAUAGUAGAUGACUUUAGGUACUAAAUUAAAAAAAGAGGUUCUACAGAACUCAAGUAGGCAUCUCUGUUUCAAUGAAGACAUCUCCUACUGGUCUACUUCUGUUGAAGCCAGUUAGCUAGUGGUUUAGAGCUGUAGAUCUUUACUUGCUGGAGAAUUAAUCAUUGUGUAUACUUGCAUCUGCUGUUAACACUCAGUAAACAUAUCUCCCUUGACUUAUUUUCAGGAAAAAGGUGAAGGUUUGAGGAAGAAGAGGUAGCUUUCAUCUUUGGGAAAAAUGAAGGUAUGGCUCCCACAGAGUUAUUUAGCUACUCCAUAGGCCAGAACUACCUCAUGAUGCACUUCACUAUUUAUAGUUCUGCCAAAAUCAAGAGACUGCAUUCCACAAGCAUCUCAUAGCUUGUACUUAAUGCCUUCAGAUGAGGUAUAAAGGGCCCAGCGGGUCCUUUGUAAGUCCUUGAUAAACUUACUGAGUCUUUAACAGUGAAGACAAGUAUUUGGAUUCAGUGAGGAGCCACUGUUUAGUGUCAUGUUUUUAUUGAAACAGUUUAUUUUCUAUGUUUUAUUUUAACAUAUAUAGGGCCUCGUCUCAGAAUCAUUUAUUUGACCACUACUGGAUACCUAUGUUGUGUCAGGCAUGCUUUUAGUAAAGGGCUCAUUAAUGAUAAAAGGAAAUAUGAUAGAGAUAAAAGAUGAAAUAAAGAUGAGAUAAGA